GUGUGCCGCAGUGAUCCUAGACGAUUCGUCGUCGAGACUCCAGUCGUCGCGGUUGGUUGGUCGAUCGAUCGCUCGAUCGGUCGGGAAGUGCCCGUGAUUCACGUCGUUAACGAUCGCGCAGCUAACCACGCGACAGCCCAACUGCGCACAAUUCGUGUCCGCCCGAGAUCGCCCCGUGGGACUGCCGGAGAGUGACGAGAGGCCGUCGCGAAAGCAUGAAGGCGAUCCUGCUCGCGCUCGGCGCGAUUCUGGCUGUGGCCGCAGCCGCGGUGGUCAUAAAUGCCGAUCCAAAGGACGACCUUCUAGGUAGAAACGAGUGUACGUGGGGUCCAAGUUACUGGUGCGAGAAUCUAAAGACGGCCAAGGGAUGCAACGCUGUCACUCAUUGUAUUCAUCGAUACUGGGAGCGGAUGGAAGUUCCGGAGGAUAAUGAUGAUGUAUGCGGCAUUUGCAAAGAUAUGGUGAAACAGGCGCGGGAUCAAUUGGAAAGUAAUCAGACUCAGCAAGACCUGAAGGACGUCUUCGAGGGAAGCUGUAGACUAAUUUACGUUAAACCAGUCGUCAAGGAAUGUAUCAACCUCGUGGAUCAAUUUAUCCCCGAACUCGUGGAGUCUUUGGCAUCUCAGAUGAAUCCGUCUGUCGUUUGCACCGUUGCAGGACUCUGCAACAAUGCUCACAUUGAUAAAUUGCUCGCAGAGCACCCGACUCUGGUAAAGAAGGGCGAGACAAAGUCAGUUUUAUUAAAGAAUGAUGAACUUGAGCCUGACGAGUGCACCAAGUGUUACACAAUAGCAAAGUAUAUGGAAGAUAAAUUGCAUCAGACACCGCGGGACAAGAUGCUCGUACAAUUCGUGAAUGUUUGCGGUCAAUUUGGUUCUUUCUCGGAUUCCUGCGCGGCCAUUAUUAUGACCCAUUUCAAUGCUAUUUAUUACCAUCUACAAGACAAUUUCAACGCUGACAACAUAUGUCACUUGUCGGGACAGUGCAGUGGCAAAUACCAUAAACACGCAAAUAGUACAGAUACAGUCCCACAAGUAGAGAUAACACCUCUGUCGAGUGUGGGCAUGGUGGAAGUUGGAGAUGACCUCCCAUGUAAGUUGUGUGAGCAACUUGUGGGUCAUUUGAAGGAUCUUCUAGUUGCAAACACGACGGAGAUAGAAUUUAAAGAAGUUCUCUUGGGUCUUUGCAAGCAAACUAAAUCUUUCGCUGACGAGUGUAAAGCCAUAGUUGAAGAGUAUUAUUCGCAAAUUUAUGAAUAUCUUACAAAUGGCUUGGAUAGCAAUGUCGUCUGUCAACUCACUGGAAUUUGUCCUAGUCCUGGCAAAGCGUUGCAAAGCCCUAUGGAGCCUCUGGUCCCAAUAGAAGCAGCAGAAAUAGGUUUGAAUAUAAUGAGGGAGGAACAGUCUCGAAAAGAUGAGGUUGAAGAGGUUGCUAUCGGCAAGGAAUAUCCAAAAUUGGAAGCUGAAAAGAUGCAAUUGCCACUUGAAAGAUUAAUGCCUUAUCCUUUGCUGCAACCCGAAAGUGUUGAUGGACCUGAGGCGUGUUCAUUGUGCCAAUAUUUGUUACAUUUUGUUCAAGAAACUGUUACAAAUCCUGCAACAGAGGAGGAAGUAAAGGAAUUUUUUGGAAAAGUCUGUACAAAGAUACCUUCUUCCAUUGAAGGCGAAUGCCAACAAUUCAUAACCACUUAUGGAGAUGCAAUUAUAGCCUUACUUGUCCAAGAAAUAGAUCCAUCAAAGGUUUGCACUUCGAUACGUAUAUGCCCAUCAGAGGCAAUAUUGGAUGCGUGGGAAAAAAUUCCUAAGCAGUUUAUGCUUCAAAAUGCACGGGAUAAACCAACUUGUCCACUCUGUUUGCUUGCAGUGACGCAAAUUUAUAAUUCUAUCAAAGACGAAAAAACUGAGGCUAACAUUGAGGCAGCAUUGGAUAAAUUAUGUAGUCAUUUGCCACGAAGUUUGAUUGAACAAUGUACAGAUUUUGUAAAGUCGUAUAGCAAAGAGCUUGUAGAGAUGAUGCUUGCAGACUUGACUCCUCAGGAAGUAUGCGAUUAUAUUCAUUUGUGUAAUGAUACCAAAGAUGUUGGUCCAAGACCAAUUAACAUUGCUGAGAAGGAUGGAGAGAUAUUAACCAACGAGAUACCGGAAUAUCCAUUGCAUGUGCUUCAGCCCACGAGUAUGUUAGAUGAUGGUGUGUGUAUAAUUUGCGAAUUUGCAAUGCAAUACAUCGAUAAGGCGAUUGGUAAUCGAAAGACACGGGAUGAGAUUGAACAUGCGGUGCACAGUGUGUGCAAUCAUUUACCAAAAACUGUUGCCAAGGAAUGCAAUCAGUUCGUGGAUGAGUAUGCUGACGCUUUGAUAAGUAUUCUCGCGGAAGAUGUUUCUCCUAAAGAGGCCUGUAGCAUGCUAGGUCUUUGCAAAGUGAGCAUGGUACAGAUUCAAGAUUCCGUAUUUGAAUGUGCCUUAUGUCGCGCGAUUAUAUCGCAAAUUGACAAGCUGUUAGGUGAUUCCAAGGUAGACGCUGAGAUCGAGGAAGUUGUUGCGAAAGUGUGCAAAUAUCUACCAACGGACAAACAAGAUAAGUGUGACAAGAUGGUGAAACUUUAUGGCCCGAGCAUAAUAAAUAUGCUGAAAGAUCACGUGGAUAGCGAAAAGAUGUGCAGCAAGAUGGCCCUGUGCUCUUCCAACGAUUACUUUGCGAUGACAUUCAAAAACCCACAUGAAUCGCGAUUAAGCGACGUUACUAUUUAAUAAGUUUUAUCAGUUUCGGGUGGCACAAGCUGCAAAUUGGAGGCGAACUCGAGAGGUGAAAGUGAGCUAAUGAAGAAUGAUGCGCUACUUUCCUCAAUUGGAAGUGUUGGAUUCUGGAGAUGUUAGCUGUAGCGAAUAGCCUAUUUCAUGUUAUGAUAUUAUAUAUCGAUCUUUUCAUUAAAUCUCUCUAACUAUAUACGAGCACUCGGAUUGAUUUACGUUGACACGACGAAAGUCCUGUGGUUUUCGCACCUGAACCAAAUGUCAUACGUAGUUUGCCAUUAAGUCGUCGUUGACGCCACGAAAUUUGUAAUUUUUAAUAUCGCUGCGAGAACCGAUUUCUUCCAGCUAAAAUAAAGUGAGUUGCUGUUUUAUAUAAUUGAAACGAUAUAUUAACACAUGUAAAUCCCGUCUCUCUACGUAUCUACUUUUUUUCCAAUACAUUUAACCCACAGUAAUGAUCUGCUAUUUUUAACUGUGAUAGCCGUAAAAUGGAGAAAAAAUAAUUUGUUUAUGUAGAUGACUUGUGUGUACCUAAAAAUGUGAUUUAUAUUGUACUUUUUUAAUAAAGAUGUUCUUUUGUGUGGGAGAUUU